AUGUCGUCAACAAAGCAUAUUCGACGUAUUAUCAAAACAACAGCAGGUGGACGUUCAAAUGCACCUUAUAGUCAAGCAGUUCAAAUUGAUCAUAUGCUUUAUCUUAGUGGUGCUGUUGGGCUUGAUCCAGAAACAGGAAAAUUUGCUGGUGAUACUAUUCAAGAGCAAACUCGACAGACACUCAACAAUUUGGGAGAAGUAUUAAAAGCAGCUGUGAUCAAAGUCAACGUAUUUCUUCAAGAUAUGAAUGAUUUUUCGGCUAUGAACGCAGUCUAUACUGAAGUCUUUUCUGAACGUUAUCCAGCUCGAUCAACAGUUCAAGUAGCUGGUCUUCCAUUGAAUGCCAAGAUUGAAAUCGAGGCAGUGGCCAUAAUGGGUGAUAUUGAAGAUCAAUAA